AUGUGCAAGGCUCAUGUUCUACGGUUCUGCUGUGGACACGGCGUGCUCAUGGGGCUCGAUGUUUGCAAAGUGGCUCCGUGUCCGUUGGUCAAGACCACUGGAGUAAAGUUGCCACAACAACCGUACAAAUGCUACAAUUGCCAGAACCGGCUGCCCAGCUCGUCAAUGAGGCGGCCGUUGGCUUCCAGGGGUGCGUCCUGCUCAUCUAGUGGAAGCUUGGAUUCCAAUUCUUCCGCCACGUCGGCCAUUACACCGCCUUCGCCUAUCUCGAGAAGGGACAAGAUGGCCAUGGCACCUCUUCCGGGUGUUGCUCGCCAGCCCCCUGAAUGCGGGGCUUUUGGUCGCAAAUUCAAUCGAUCACAGUCCGUGUCGUCGAAAGGAUUUUCCUUCUCCUGUUCCUCAUCCACUCAUUAUCCGGCGCCCCACUACAUGAACUUGCCGGCUUUCCUGCCUCACCAGGAUCACCCGUGUCCCCCAUGCCAACUGGAAGAACUCCGGAUCAAAUCCGACAAGGAGGCUAUCUCGUCCGCUGUUGCCGAGUAUCCCCACUUGAGAAAAGAGAUGCUGGUCAAAGACGGGAGGACAUGGGAAGACUGUCAAAGCAUGCCUACGCUGGAGGAGUACGUCGAGGAGAAACGAUCAGACGAAAGACAAAUGUGGCUCCAUGUGACGAGGAAAUGGACCCAAGACCUGAAAAAGGCACGCGUUCUUGUUGCUGAGGAAGACGGGCUUGGACUUUUGGGGUGA